GUAUAUUUGACUUGUUGACUCGAACCCCGCUCUUUAAGAUCACACUGCUCCCGUCUUUCAUACGCCAUAGCAAUUUCGUAGAGCAAAAUGUACUGCUUCCGCAUUCUCCCUAUCCUUAUCUCGCUCUCGCUCUCAGCGACCGCCGCCGUAAACUCGCCGGCUCCAGCGAAAUCAUCCUCAAACCCAUUCACCGAAAAGGCUGCAGUUCUCCGUUACUGGAACCGAAAAAUCCCCAACUCUUCUUCUCACCCACCCUUCCUCGUCUCCAAGCUAACGCCGCUCUCCAUCUCCGACGCCGCCAAGUUCUCCACCCUUGCUGCCUCGGACCCCUUCAAGCUUUCCUCCAGUCUCCCUUCCUUUUGCUCUGCUGCCGCCCUGCUCUGCAUCGCUGAUCUAACCCCAUCACUUGCCUCUCAUCCCCGUGACUCCGCCUUCUCUGUGUACCAAAACACCAACUUUACCAAUUACGCGAAUACCGCCGGCGGUGGCCUCUCUUCCUUCAAACGUUACUUCGGGAAUGAGGUCCCAUUAAGCACAUUCACCCGCUACGGUCACGCUUCCGGUGGCCACAACGACACCUUCGCCCACUACGGCCCCGGGAACGUUGACACCGGUGCCAAUUUCACCUCAUAUGGAGCCACUUCCGCCGGCGGAUACGAUAAAUUCAACACCUACGGCAAUUCCACCAACGGCGCUGCACUAGGGUUCAAAAAUUACAACACCGAAGCCAUCGGCCAUAUAGGCGAAUUCUUACAUUACUCCGACGAUUCCAACGUUGGACAGCAGCUCUUUUCCAGCUACGGUAAGGGCGGCAGUGGCACAACAUCCGACUUCGCCACUUAUGCCCACAAAUAUUCCAACAUAAUUGAAACCGGCUUCAAUCAUUACGGAGAGAAGGCCGUCGGGAACACGGAUAACUUCAAGACCUAUUCCGAACACGCCAACAUCCCCGACAAUCACUUCGAAUCGUACGGAUCUGGCGAACUCGGUGGAAUCGAAACAUUCACCACAUACCGCCAUCAAUCCAACAUCGGCGACGAUUCCUUUACUUCCUACGAGAAGGGCGGCAACUACGGCACCGCAAAAUUCAACAAUUACGGCAAUGACAGCUCGGGCACCGAUGCCUUCAAGGGCUAUGGCUUGGCUUCCACCAAUGGUCAAAUCACCUUCAAUUCCUACUUCGAGGACAAUACAACUUUCGAACUCUACGCGAAAACCGGGAUUGACUUCAAAUCCUACCACAAUUCCUCCUCCGCCCAAAUCCAUACGGAGUCGAGGCAUCCCGAGACAAAUCGGUGGGUAGAAGAUGGGAAGUUUUUCAGGGAAAGCAGCCUGAAAAAGGGUACGGUGAUGCCAAUGCCGGACAUUCAUGAUCGGAUGCCUCCGCGGUCAUUCCUUCCGCGUUCGAUCGCUGGGAAGAUCCCAUUUACCGUCACCGCCGUAACGGAAAUCUUCAAGUUCGCUCCUGGAACAGCCAUGGCAAAGUCAGUGGCUUCAAACGUCCUGCCGAGCCGUGGGGAGACGAAGCGGUGCGCCACGUCAGCCGAGGAUAUUAUCGACUUCGCCGUCUCUGUACUCGGCAGCAAAGUUGAGGUGAGAUCGACGGCGAACACGAAAGGCUCUCGCAGUAAUAUUCUUGUCGGUGAGGUGAAGGGGGUGAAUGGGGGUAAGGUUACCGAAUCGGUGAGCUGUCACCAGAGCUUGUUCCCAUACUUGGUUUACUACUGCCACUCUGUUCCUCGAGUGCGCGUUUAUGAAGCUGAAAUCUUGGCCAUUGAUACCAAGGAGAAGAUCAAUGAUGGAGUAGCCAUCUGUCAUAUUGACACGUCGGACUGGAGCCCAGCCCACGGGGCCUUCGUGGCGCUGGGUCCCGGGCCGGGGAAGAUCGAGGUGUGCCAUUGGAUUUUUGAGGGGGACAUGACGUGGACGGUCAGUGAUCUUGCAUGAGCGAUGUAGCCAUUACCCUCUGUUCUCUUAUCCUGUUAUGGAUUAUGUAGAUUCCCCGCGUCCCAGGCAAUCGAGAUUUGGGGCCGACGCCACUCUCGCAUUAUCAGUCCCGUUGGCAUCAGUCCGCUGGUGGCAUGUGGGCUUCACUAUUUUUCUACAUAUAUUUUUGGGGCAGGACAAAGUCAGUAUUUUACGGUUUUUUACUUUAUUUUUUAACUAAUAUAUUGUAUGGAGCAGGGCUUCACUUUUAAAAAUAAGGGAAAA